CCUAGGCAAUAAUUAAGCAGGCAAAAGCCCUCUUUAAUAACUGCCUAAAAAAUGUGUUGGAUUAGGAGGUCAUCACUGUAAUAAUAAAGAGGAGGCUGGUGGAGAGCCCCUCCCUCUCUGGCCCUGAUCUCCUCCCCCUCUCACUUGCCCUGCCCAAGCCCAAGAGAGGAAUCCAAGCUGCUGCAUUGACGGCGGCGGCGGCGGCGGCGGCGAGGAGAUCGGGAGCAAUGGCGGAGGAGGCGGCGGCAGGCGGGCUGUACUACUGCCACAUGUGCGCUUCGACGGUGAGCGCCGUGGCGGCGGCGGAGGGGGAGGUGGAGAUCAAGUGCCCGUACUGCCACAGCGGCUUCGUCGAGGAGAUCGAGUCCGCGCGCGGCGUCGCCACCGGCGGCGGCGGCGCGAUCUCCUCCGUCUGGGCCCCCAUCAUCGACGGCAUGGUUGGCGGCGGCGGCGGCGACGCCGUCCGCCGCCACCGCCGCAGCCGUCGCCUCGCGGACGCCGCCGGCGCGGACGACGGCUACUACCGCGACCUGGCCCUCCUCGACUUCUCCGAGAGCCGGCGGCGCACCGCCGCGCUGCUGCUGCUCAUGCAGGAGUUUCGGGAGCGCCAGCUCCAGCGCCUCGAGUCCGCCACCGCCACGAUCUCCGCCGCCGCGGCCGAGGCCGGCGCCGUCGUCGGGACCUCGAGAGACGCGGAGGGCGUGGCGCUGGCCGACUACUUCCUCGGCCCCGGCCUGGACGCCCUGAUGCAGCGGGUGGGCGACGGCGACGCGGGGCGGCAGGGCACGCUCCCGGCCAAGAAGGAGGCCGUGGAGUCCAUGCCGACGGUGGAGGUGGCCGCCGGGGGCGACUGCGACUCCGCCUGCGCCGUCUGCCUCGAGGACUACGCCGCCGGCGAGCGCGCCACGGAAAUGCCGUGCCGGCACAGGUUCCACGCCAAGUGCAUCGUGCCGUGGCUCAAGAUGCACAGCUCCUGCCCCGUCUGCCGCUUCCAGCUCCCCACCGACGACGACGACGACUCCUCCAAGUCCGCACGCGGCGGCGCCGCCCACUCCGGCGGCGGCCGGCGGUUGUCCCAGCCGGCGCCGCGGGUCGACGGGGGAGGCCUGGGCAGGUUGCCGGCCGUGAUGCAGGAGCUCAGGAGCAUCCUCUCCCAGCCGUCGCCGGCGUCGACUUCCGGCAGCAGCUCGCACGCGCAGCAGCACAGCGACGAGUGAUGACGACUCAGGAUGGUCGCCGGUCACCGGCGGUGCUGCUGCUCCGGCGACCGGCGGAGGAGCUCAUGGUUUUGCAACUUUGACAAUGUACAUAAUCCGGGGUUCGUCGUCGCUGUGGUGACUGGCUUUGGUGCCAAUGGAACUUCAUUUUUCCUCGUCUCCCCUUUCUUUAGCAAUCAUCUUGUGAUAUAUCCCAUGAUUUUAAUAUACAAUUUGCGUUCGGCGGAAAAUGGAGUAUAUUAGUGGCGUGUAUAUGAACUCUGCAUGAUGCUAAUCAAGUUCAAGGUUGCACCGGUGUCCUGAACACAAA